AUGACAUUCGGGCCCGCCACAUCGCACGGCCCGUCCUGGCGCCGGCGCUUGAGCAAGCUCGAGUCGAUGUACGCAACGAUCGGCAGCGCGCUCCUCGGGGCGUUCCAGUUUGGCUGGCUCCUCUCGCUCAACUCCGUUCCGUUCAACGCCAACUGCGACGCGAACCCGAUCCCGGUUGGCGACUGCCUCCUCUUUGCGCCGCACUCGGAGAACAAGUGGACGCUCGCCGUCUCGGCGUGGAUCGCCGGCGGCGCCGUCGGGGCCAUUUGCAGCGGUCUGCCCGCCGACGUCUUUGGCCGCAAGAAGACCCUGGGCAGCCUCGCGACAACCCUCGAGACGUUUACCAUCGGGCGGCUCAUCUCGGGCGUUGCGUCCGGCGUCGCCAUCAACGAGCUCGCCCACAUCGGCGCCUUCAGAGUACAUUGA